AUGAAUUUAGUUGGGGAAGUUGAGAAGAACGAGGCAAUUAGGAAAAUGCGCCUUGGGGUAAAGAUGCGAGAUUGGGAGGCUGUGCUGCGCACAAUGAGGCGUCUUCCACCAGAUGCAGAGCUGUGGCGGGCCAAGAUGAACAAAUGUGACCAAAAAGACGUCCUGGAGAUUCUGUCAGCCAGGAAUCAGUGGGGCAACAAUCCUCUUCACUGCGCCGCCUCUACGGGCUCUUUCUUCUUGUGCGAACGCAUCGUUGGUGUCCUUUCCACCGCAGAACAGAUAAGCCGCCCCGUUAUGGAGCGUAACAAUGAGGGAGAGACGCCUGUGUUCUUGGCUGCUGUUCAUGGUCACUGGGAGGUCUUCCUCCUUCUUAAUUUAUUUGUAGAACUUGAGCAUGCCACAACUGCCUAUGUGAAGUCCAAUGGGGAUUCGGUACUUCACUUAACCAUUCAACGAAAAUACUUUGAGAAGAAAAGAAGACAUGUAUUUGGUUCGCGGAUCAUGAAACAACUGCUAGACAACGACGCUUUUUAUGAUAGUUUGAUGGAGAGGGACCUGUUGGGGAUGGACGACGAUCAUCCGGCGAACUUAGCAAUGCUGCGUCCUUCACAUAAAGCAUCAUCAUUUUUAGGAUGGACACCAUUGUUGAGAGCAACAAAAUAUGGUGCAAUCGAAAUGGUGUGGGCAAUCUUGGAAAAAAAGCCAUUUGCGAUUGAGGAUGAAAGUGAUGAGAAGAAGAAUGUGAUGUUGGUAGCGGUGGAAGAGAGACAGUCCACCCUCUUGAUGCAAUUCAGGAAGAAGCCACACAUCUGGAAUCGGAAGCUCCACCAGGCAACCGAUGUCCAUGGCAAUACUGCCUUGCACUUGGUUGCCAAGCUUUCUCGUCAUAGGAAUAUACCUAUGUCUGCCAUUCACUUGCAAUGGGAAGUACACUGGUUUGAGUAUGUGAAGAAAAUGAUGCCGCCGGAGUUCAAUGAACGGCAAAAUAAGGAAGGUAAAACGCCGGGGAUGGUCUUCGCAGAGGAACACCAUGAUCUGGUGAAAAAAAGUAACGAGUGGGUGAAGGAAAUGUCCGGAAAUCACAUUGUGGCGGCGACGCUCAUUUCCAGUGUGACAUUUGCAACGUGCUACCAGGUGCCGGGAGGCUACGACGGAGGCAACGGCAGGCCGAUUGUAGGCAAUCGUUCUGAAUUCCACAUGUUUGCUAUCACGGCACUAGUUUCCUUUUGCUCCUCCGUCACUUCCCUCGCCGCCUUUCUCGCCAUUUACAGCUCUCAAAGUGAUCGGCCCAGGCAUUACCGGCGACGUCUGCCGUUGACUCUGUGCUUGGGUUUAUUUUCUAUGUUUCUCUCAGUUGUGUCCAUGUUGAUUUCUUUCUGUGCUGCGCAUACCUUUGAACUUGUUGGCCCCAUAAACAAGUCGUCUGAGUAUGUCCCCUUGUACGUUGGCCUCACUUUGAUCCCUCUCUGCUUUUACGGGGCAACUCAAAUUCCACUCUAUUGGCGUCUUCUCAGAGCUAGUGUUUCUCCUGUGCCACUCUCCAGGCCAUUCUAUGUGGAACAGUUAGAAGAAACACCACCAGAUGAAGAGGAGAAGAACAAGAAGAAAAAUGAAGACGCAGAGGCAUCGGAAGAGUAG